GAAAACUUUGGAAUAAAAUAAGAAUAAGAAUAAAAAGAAUGUUCAUGUUAUUAGCAUGUAGGAUGAUGAAACAAAGUGUACACGUGUGGAAACCUAAACCUUGAGGGUGCACGUUUCCUUAAUCUGUUCCUCCUCGUACCCUAUUUCACAAGUCACACCUCUUCUUAAGUGUUUUCCUUUUUGUUUUCGUCUUCAAUUCUUCUUCUUUCUUGAAUUUUUUUCUCCUUUUAAGAAUUGGGAUGAACCCUCUUUUGUGUGGUUGAAAAGGUUGUGUUUUUAUAACAGAUAAUUGCAAUACAAAUCUCAUAGGUUGAGAUACAAUGAAGGAUAUCAUAACUACUAUGGAUGUAAAAGGCAUAAAUUGGGUUGGAAACAUGUACCAGAAAUUUGAAAAUAUGUGCCUCGAGGCCGAAGAUCUGAUGUAUGAGGAUACAGUUGAAUAUAUUGAGAAUCAGGUGCAAACUGUUGGAGAAAGUGUGAAAAAGUUAUAUUCUGAUAUCAUGAGAGAUUUAAUUCCUUCAAUUUCAUGUAUUUUGGAUGAAAGUGACGAUGACUCUGAGUUGCCAAUAGAUCAUCAUACCGAUGCUAGGUUCGGUAAGAAGCAAGUCCAAAAUUUCAUGGAAAGAUCUGCAAAGCCUAAUACCAAGCAAACAUCCGAGCAUUGGAGAAUUGGUUGUAAUGUCAAUAAAGACGGUGGCAUACAUGCUGCAGCAUAUAAUGGAACUGGUAAGACCGAUGCUUUCUUUACUUCAUCUUCAAGGAAGUCUGCCAAAAAAAGCAAUAUUGUUUCACGUUCGAGACAGCACAUUGGGAGCAUGGACGUUAAGUCAAAUCGAGGUGUUGAUGUAAACAAAGUAAAUGAAAAAAUGCUUGCAACCAAGAUAUUCAAUGAAAUCACUUCGGCAGAAACAACAGAUACAGAUACAGGCAUUCCAUCACAAUGUUGUGAGAUUUCAAAUGAGGGUCAAAAUCAUAUUGCUCCUGUUUCAAAGCCAGCUUCAGGUGGAGAGAAACAGAUUGAUACGAGUUCUUCUUAUAAUGAUCAGAGUCAUAGAAUCAUGCAAGAAGAUAUGAAGCUUGAUAUGAAGCUUGAGGAAGAAACAUGUGUUAUGGUGACGAGCGACGAUCUGGAAUUAGUUCCCAAAGAAAUUGCCAAUCUGAAGGCUAACAAGAAAACAAUGCGGAAAGGGUUUUCAUUAUCGAACAAGUCUGCAAGAAAACAAGAGUAUAAGGAGCUUGCAGUAUGGCAUGGGAAGAGCGGAGAUUUAAUGAAGAAUUUAGAUGAAACUUGUAAUGUGUCUGAACCUGAAUGGGAGCUUCUGUAGAUACACAACCAAUCCUACAAACUUGAUUUCCAACCCUAAAGUCUUUAUGAAGGAGAUUAAUGCACCACCGUUGUGAAAAUUUUCAGAUGUUGAGAAGAUUUAAAUUCCUAAAAUAUCUGUAACUUUCUUUAUCUUAGAAAUAAUCAACACUUCCUAUUUGCAUAUCA